AUGCCGUGGUGGCAGCGGGCCCCGGCGGCGCGGCGGCGCUGGGCGCUGCUGCUCGGGCCGCUGGCGCUGCUCGCCGCCGCCCUGGCGCUGCGCGGCACCGCCCGCCCCGGCCCCGCCGAGCGCCCGCAGCUCUACCGGGCGCUGGAGCUCUCGCCCAGCCGCAGCAUCAACUGCUCGGGGGUCGUCCGCGGGGACCAGACGGCCAUCCGGGAGGCGCAGCUCAGCAACCUGGAAGUGGCGAACAGAAGGGCUUCACCGACGCCCGGCCAGUACCUGAACAUCACGAGGGACUGCAGAGCCUUCAAGGAGACCCGGCGCUACAUCGAGUUCCCGCUCAGCCAGGAGGAGGAGGAGUUCCCCAUCGCCUACUCCAUGAUCAUCCACCACAAAAUCGACAUGUUUGAGCGGCUCCUGCGGUCCGUCUACGCGCCCCAGAACGUUUACUGCGUCCACGUAGACAGCAAAUCCCCGGCCGCCUUCCAGGAGGCCGUGAGGGCCAUUGCUGCCUGCUUCCCCAAUGUCUUUGUGGCCAGCCGCCUGGAAAGCGUGGUCUAUGCCUCCUGGUCCCGGGUGCAGGCCGACCUCAACUGCAUGCAGGACCUCCUGCAGAGCCCUGUGCCAUGGCGCUACCUCAUCAACACCUGCGGCACCGACUUCCCCAUCAAGACCAACGCCGAGAUCGUCCGGGCGCUGCAGCUGCUGCAGGGCCAGAACGCCAUGGAGUCCGAGAGGCCCUCGGCCGCCAAGAAGCAGCGCUGGGAGUAUCACCACGAGGUGGGGGAGACCAUCUCUCGCACUUCCCAGAAGAAACUGCCCCCACCCCACAGCUACCCCAUGUUCACGGGCAGCGCCUACACCGCCGUCACACGGGACUUCGUGCGGUACAUCUUCGAGAACCCCACCGCACGAAAGUUCCUCGAGUGGUCCAAGGACAGCUACAGCCCUGACGAGCACGUGUGGGCCACCCUGAACCGCAUGCCGGGCGUGCCGGGGAGUACGCCCCUCAGCGAUAAGUUCCAGCUCUCGGACAUGAACGCCCUUCCCCGCCUGGUCAAGUGGGAGUACCUGGAGGGGGACAUGAGCAAGGGCGCGCCCUACCCGCCCUGCACCGGCCGCCACCAGCGCUCCAUCUGCAUCUACGGGGUGGGCGACGUGCCCUGGAUGCUGCAGCAACACCAUCUCCUGGCCAACAAGUUCGACCCCGAGGUGGACGAUGCGGCUGUCCAGUGUCUCGAGGAGCACCUGCGCCACAAGGCCCUCUACGGCCGGGGGCUCUGAGGGGGAGCCGCGGAGACUCUGGCCAGCGACUGCUGCCUUCCGUGGGCGACUCCA